UGAACCUCUCAGUUGGUGUCUAGACGUGUUGCCGAUCUCUUGGCACUCCAUCCAACGCCUUCUGUUCGGAUGAGGCGGGAGAUCUUAAUUGGAUUUUCAGUGUUGUUUUUGCGAUAGGACUUUCUUCUCCAGCCCAGCGUGUGUUCAGUCCAGAGAGGAUAUAUUAUUCGUCGAACCCCCGCAGCCGUGUUGCCAUGGAUGAUGCUGUGACCCCGUUACCAUAACCUCAGCGAGUCGUGGUGCUCUCUCGACCCCCUAAGCUCUUGACCCUGCCAAGACUGUGAUCAUCUAGUCACUUGUUGCCAUCAUAUUGAACCCAACACAGCAAAAUGAAGUUCGCAGAGCACUUAGCAGCACACAUCACUCCAGAAUGGAGAAAACAGUACAUCAGUUACGAGGAGAUGAAGGCCAUGUUAUAUGCAGCAGUGGAACAGGCACCAUCACCAGAGGUCACAGAAGCAGAAGUUAUAACAAGAUACUAUGCAAGAUUUGAUGAGCAGUUUUUCAGAGUAUGUGAUAAGGAACUUGCCAAAAUCAAUACCUUUUUCUCAGAAAAAAUGGCAGAGGCUACCAGAAAAUAUACAACACUUAAAUCAGACCUCCAGGCCUCGAAAGAGCAACAUGGAGAUGGCCUCAGGAACCGCAAAGGUUUCACUUUCCUUCCCAAGCUAAAUGUCCCAGCAAGAAAGAUGCAGGACCUGAAACUAGCCUUCUCCGAGUUCUACCUGAGUCUCAUCCUCCUCCAGAACUACCAGAAUUUAAAUUUCACCGGCUUUAGGAAGAUCUUGAAAAAACAUGACAAGCUUAUGGCCACAACUAAUGGUGCCAAGUGGAGGGAAGACAAUGUUGACUGCUCUACAUUCAAUACAAAUAAAGAUAUCGAUAAACUAAUUCAGGAGGUUGAAGGAACUUUUACAUCAGAGCUGGAGCAGGGAGAUCGUGGCAAGGCAAUGAAGAGACUGCGAGUCCCUCCAUUAGGAGAAGCUCAGAGCCCAUGGACAACAUUUAAAGUUGGGCUUUUCUUUGGAGCCUUCAUUGUACUUGUUGUGUCAGUCAUUCUUUCAGGAAUCUUCCACUGGGACAACCACAACAUCCAAAUUGUGCUGCGGUUAUUCAGAGCGCCAUUAAUGUUCAUCUUGUUCCUCUUCCUUAUUGGUAUUAACAUUUAUGGAUGGCGGUCUUCAGGUGUCAACCAUGUGCUCAUUUUCGAAAUCGACCCAAGAAAUCAUUUAACAGAACAGCACCUUAUGGAGAUUGCAGCAAUUUUUGGUGUGAUCUGGGCUCUUAGUGUGCUUGGGUUCCUAUAUGCCCAUGCUCUGUCCAUCCCUCCAUACACUGUUCCAUUAGCACUACUGUGUUUCAUGGUUCUCUUCCUUCUCAACCCAUCGCGCACUUUCCAUCAUGAAGCACGCUUUUGGCUUCUUAAGAAACUGGGACGUGUUGUUUGUGCACCAUUUUUCUUUGUGCAGUUUGCUGAUUUCUGGCUGGGAGAUCAGCUAAAUACCCUUGUUCAGGUUCUUAAAGAUUUUGAGUAUAGCCUCUGUUUUUACAUGCAGGGAAUUGAUUGGACUGACACUAGUAAACCUGUAGAUGAUGCUGUGUGUAUAGACAAGACAACUGUGGUGCGCAGCAUUGUGGCAUGCCUGCCUGCAUGGUGGCGUUUUGCCCAGUGUCUCCGUCGUUAUCGCGACACUCGAGAAAUGUUCCCUCAUCUAGUCAAUGCCUUCAAAUAUUCAACAACGUUCUUUGUAGUAACAUUUACAUCCUUGACACAUGUAUAUAGAGAUCAGUAUCUGGACAGCAUUAACAACCCAUUCUUCUACAUGUUGGUUGGUUCAAUGGUGUUCAGUUCAUGUUUUGUCUUCUGGUGGGACAUGGUGAUGGAUUGGGGUCUUUUCGACAAGAAUGCUGGAGAGUACAAAUUCCUCCGUGAGGAACUGGUUUAUUCAUCGCCAUAUUAUUAUUACUUUGGGAUCGUAGAGGACUUCAUCUUGAGGUUCAGCUGGACAUUUUCACUGACCUUAACAGAGCUGAAAAUUGCCAACAGUGAAAUCAUUGUCUCUAUUCUGGCACCUCUUGAAGUGUUCAGGAGAUUUAUCUGGAACUUUUUCCGUCUGGAGAAUGAGCACAUCAACAACUGUGGUAAAUUCCGAGCCGUUCGAGACAUUUCCGUUAUACCCAUGGAUGCAUCAGAUCAAGCACAAAUUGUUAAAAUGAUGGACGAAGCAGAGGGAGUUGUCAACCGAAAGAAAAAGAAGGCUGGCAGUAAACCACGUAAGGCUAAUGAUACUCGGCCUUUGCUUAGUGAAGGAAGUGGUGGUGCUGGUGAGAGUGUUGACGAAGAGGCAAAUUACCUUACCGUCACCUCUGUAGAGCUUCGCAACUGGUUCCGGGGCAUAACAGGACUUCGCAACACACAUACCACUAACUCUUAAAAAAGCAGAAAUUUAUUCUGGUGAAGGGAAUAAAUUGAUAACAGCAUGAAUGUUAUAUGUGUACUGGGAUGUAGUAUUUUAGGCUCUGUUGGAAUUAUGGUGACACUAACUCCUCUAUUGGGACAAGUGUGUAUUGAACUGUUAUAGUAAUAUACUAGUCUCAUGAGUGCACAUUUCUGGUCACAUUAUCCCUCUUUUUUAUUUUUCCCACUUACCCUUUCUUUUCCAUUUUAUAACUCAUUGAGUUACGCUAAACCCAAAUGAACAAUUGUAUCCUUGAAAGCAUUAAAAAUCCUCACAAUGGGAAUAGGUUCAUCUUCCUGAAUUACUCUUUAUGAAAGUUUAGUACUCUCUUAUCCUCAGUAUUGUAAACACUUAGUCAUUGCAUGCUAUUCUUUCAGUGGUGUAAUACUGUAGACUAGACUUAUUGUCAUGUAUGUAUACUGUCCUGAUUUGCAAUUGAUUUUAUGUAUAUUAAAAAAAAGCAAUUCAUAAAAAUAGAAUUCUGAAAGACAGCAGAAUAUUAGGCACGUUACAUUUGAGGGCAAGGUGCAAUGUGAUUGUUUGUCCAUAACUGUUUUAUGUGGAUGUAUUUAAGGCCGUUUGGUUCAGGAAGUGCAAUUAGUGUUUAAUGUAGAGAGAAAAAAACUGUUUCAUUUUCUAUUUUUGGGGUAAAUUAAACAAAACAAUGGGGGAUAUUGGGAAUAUGUAUUUAUAUAAUGUAUAUAAUAAAUUAAUAUUUUAUCUAGUGCUAGAGAGUAUAUUCAUUUGAUUUUGUAGGUUAAGAAUAAAUCUUAUAAUUUUUCUCAAUAUAUAUAUUUUUCCAAUAUGAAAAUUGUUUUUCCAUUGCAAAUUACUAAUGAACUUUAAAUUCAGAUUUUGAUUAGAUGUGAUCAAGAUAUUACCACAAUGUCCCUUUGAAUGUAUGACAACUGUACCUAUUUCAUGUGUGUUUGAGAAGAUAUGCUAAAAAUCAUGUAAUUUUAUUGUAAACUAAUAACAUUUUAUUUCAGAGUUUAAACAGUUCAUGUUUCCCCAUAUGUUGUAGUUAAAAAAAAAACACAAGUUGUAAAUGCUGAAAUGAUUUUAAGUUCUUUAUGUGUUCAAAUCAGAAACUAGUGAAUUUUAAGUUUGUGGACUUACUUAAGCUAUGAAUUCUUGUUAUAUCUGAAUUGACCUUUGGACAUUUCAAGCCAAAGGUACUGUUCAUAAGCAGUACAAGAAGGUUAAAUCGUUUCCUCACUCCUUUGGAGUUACUAAAAUGUAUGCCAAAGAAACAAAAGCACAUCCAGUUUAAUAGUCUGUUCAUUGUAGCCAGGUUAUUUGGAAGUGUUCAGUGAUUACUUCUGAGCCUGUAAACCACUUUAUGUGAUUGGCUUUACGUCCUCACUUUGCAUUCCAUGGGGUAUAUCAACACGUGAUAUCCAAACUCCUUCCAGAAUUUCCAUGUAAUUAUGCCUUUCAGAAGCCAGGACUUACACCUGCUCUUUGAGUACAGAGGUCACACAUAGGGACAUGAGCAUACUCUCUUUUAGGUUUCUGAGCUAAGAGUCCAACUGGGAAAUUCAGGGUAUUAGAUAUCAUUUGACUUUUAGGCUGACAUGUAGGGUAACUAUAGAACAUCCAGUCUCAGAAAAGGAAAGAACCUGCACUCACCUUAGUGUACCAGUUUCACCAACUCUCCUUUUUUUAUUUUAAUUACCUGAUAAUAUUUACAGUCAUUUGUAUUUUGCAUUUUUAAAACUCUUACACAGUAUUCUUAAUGGUUUACACCACUUUGUUACUUUUUCCUCAAUGAUAGAUUUGGUGGAAUAGAGUACGCUAGAGUGUAGGGUGAGUUGACAAAUUUUCCCCUUUCUGAAAUUGGAUGGAGUAUAGAAUUUCUUGUGAAGACUGAAAAUGCAAGAUUUGUGUUGAGCUAGUGAUUGACAGUGGAACAAAAUAUAGUUACAAAAAUUUGACUUGAAAUGCAUUGGUAUGUAGCUGUUGUUUGUCAUGGCACUUGAAUUUGAUAUUUUUCUUGCUGUUAAAGAUAUAACAGAAAUAAUAUAAGAAAAAAAAAAGAGGAGAAAGACAAAACUGAAAAUAUUUUUCAUUUUGUAUAAAGUACUGGAAAAUAAGGCGUUCUUUACAUUUUCCUCCACAUUUUGUUCGUCAUACACCAGAAUUGAAAUACCUGUUGUGAAUCUUAUUAUGUUGUUGGCUUAGAUACUUGAAUUUUGAGAUCUAUAAUUUAAAGUUUCAGAUUGCUUCUUUUAAGUUAGUAUAAAGUUAUUCAUGUUUUUACUAUAAAAACAGGGUAAGAGAAAGUUAAUAUGAAUGAUAUCAUAUGUUAUAACUUUUCAUCAUCAUUUUCAUUAUCAUCUUCUUCAUCAUCAUCAUAAUUAUUGCACUACUAAAUAUUUUUCAUGGGUUAGAUAAAGAAACCACUUGGGAAACAAGAGUUUACAAAUUAAUGAGGUAUAAGGGUAAGCGCACACAUAAAACUGCAAGUUGGUUAACUGUUUUAUGAACCACUUAAAACAUAUGAACAAUGCACACAUAUCCUUAUGUAUAUAGCUGAUUGACAGAAUACUAGGAGAAAUGUCUGAAACAACUCAAAAUGAAUAAGCAAAAAUAUUUAACCAUAGAGGAUGUGUUGCCAUGUACCUAGGGUGUCCAAUACUUGUGUAAUAUUCAUCUGGUCAAUAAAUUAUUGGCCAGAUGAUUGUGUGUGUGUACCUACCAGUACUGUUCAUAACUAAGAAUAUUUGUUAUUGCUGUUCAAAGCACAACUUUCUUAAUUUCCCAAGGCUAGCACUUCACCUCAGUGGCAGAGUACUUUAAUGUAGUCGUGGGCUAGAGGUGGGCACCACCACUAUUACUUUUUGGACAGGUAUUUCCAGUGCUAGUUUUGAAGCUGUUUUGCCACUGACAACGGAAAUGUUUUCCAAGUGAUAACGGUGAGCAGUACAUUUGAGUUUGUAAAUCGAAGAUCAAAAGAUAGUGUUCUAGUAUUGAAGUUUUGUAGUGCAGUAUAGUGUUGCUAGUAUAGUGGUAUAGUGAAGGGUAGUGUAGGGUAGUUACUGGUUUUUCCUGAUGAUGGCACUGAGAGUCGCAUGAAUAUCAUAGCUGUACUUUCUAUAUAUGAUUGUAUAAGCUAUCAGUUAUUCUCAUUUAUUAAUCUUUAGAGGUGUACCUUAUCAGAAAAGAUUACUUCAUCUUUUGCAUUUGCCGUUCUGUGACUCCUUGACCUUGACUGGCUCCAGUAAUGACAUUUCUAUAAUUAUGUUAGAUUAUGAUGUUUAAAUCUCUGUUAGUGUCUCCUUCCAGGUAGCAUUUUUUUUUCCUAUUGAAAUUUGAACAAGAAUGUUUCCCUCCAACUUUCAUAAAUGGAAAGUGAAUAGGGGUCAUUGUUAUACUUUUUGGAAAUAGUAAAUUAGUUCAUUAAAACAAAAAGUAUUACAUUUACGACUACUUAAAAUAAAGGCAUUAUUUUCAACAAUUACUAAAAAACUCAUCAACUUUAAGUCUUUGUAUUCUGUUUUAUAUGCAGUUUAUUUUUAAGAAGAACCAAAUGAUGAAGAAAAUAUAUACACAUUGAAUCUUA